AUGUCCAAAGAAGUCACCACAACUGGCGACGAGGAUUUCACACCCAGGGCAAGAGAAGACAGCACAAUGCAGCCAUUUGUCACACCCAUCGCUGUAUUCGACCCACAUGGUGAGCCCUCAUCCAUUGCCCAAAGAUGGGAGAAGUGGUUGAAUCGCCUAGAAAACUUCAUUGUGGCGUCGAACGUCAAAGACAAGAAACAGCAAAAAGCAAUGCUACUGCACUUCGCGGGAGAGCAAGUUUUCGACAUUUACGAGGCGCUUGGUGGCACCGCCGAAGACGACUUUGAGAACUCCUCACAGAUCACUGUCAGAGUCAACAUUGGACCUGUGAGCACGCAAGCACUCAUUGACACUGGCUCGUCGGUGAACCUUGUGGACGCCGAGACCUUCCAAAAGAUCCAGUUAAAAAGUGACCUGGAACUUACUCCAACCAGCACACAGUACUUUGCCUAUGGGAGCCACGCAAAGUUACCUAUCAUAGGAAAAUUCAAAACAGAGAUUCACGUUGGAGACAAGAGACAGCCGGCAGAAGUGGCAGUGGUGAACAAAGUGGCUGAAAACAUCAUUGGUUACGAGACUGCAGAUGCUUUAGGUAUCAUAAAAAUAACCCUCAACAUAAAUGCAGAGCAGACGCUAGACCCACAAGAAGAAUUCCCUCAACUAUUUCAAGGGAUGGGAAAGCUCAAAGAUCUGCAAGUUCAUCUGCAUGUAGACCCCUCGGUUACACCAGUUGCCCAACCACACAGAAGGAUACCGCUUCACAUUAGAAAAGCUGUGGAGGAGAAACUGAAAGAACUAGAAGACGGUGACAUCAUCGAGAAAGUGUCUGGGCCAACACCUUGGAUGUCCCCCCUAGUAAUUGUGCCUAAGCCAGGGAAGGAGGAGAUAAGACUGUGCUUGGACAUGCGUGAACCAAACAAGGCCAUCAAACGUGAACGACAUGUAAUACCCACAAUAGAUGACAUCAUCUGCACCAUGAGCGGAGCAAAGAUGUUCUCCAAACUUGACUUGAGAGAUGGGUAUCACCAGCUGGAACUAGCAGAGGAUUCCCGACACAUAACCACAUUUUCUGCCCACUGUGGAAUAUACCGUUACAAGCGGUUAAAUUUUGGCAUAUCCUCUGCCGCUGAAGUUUUCCAAGAAGUGAUCCGGCAAGUCAUCAAUGGUGUAGAGGGAGUUAUAAACCCAAGUGACGAUAUUAUUGUGUCAGGAAAUACAAUAGAGGAACAUAAUCAACGACUCCAUCUAGUGCUCCAGCGACUGUCAAAAGCAGGACUAGUGCUAAAUGCCAAGAAAUGUGUGUUCAGAAGGACCUCCCUGAAAUUCUUUGGACUGCUUUUUACAUCAGAAGGCAUAAAACCAGAUCCAGAAAAGGUGAAAUCAAUAUGCAGACUUUCUCAGCCAAAGGAUGUGCGUGAGAUCCGAAGCUUCUUGGGAAUGGUAACAUACUGUGCCCGAUUCCUCCCAAGGUGCAUGGUAUCAGCUAGAAUGGAAAGAAUGCUGCUGAAGCUACAACAAUACACAUUCCAAGUGCGACACAUUGUAGGGUCAAGCAACCCUGCUGACUUCUUAUCACGAAACGUGGUGGAAGACAAGGAACUGAAAGAAACUGCAGUGGAGGAGUAUGUCAACCACAUAGCCCAGCAAGCAUGUCCAAAAGCUCUAACUCUGGAACUGAUAGAAGAAGCAACAAAGAACGAUGCAAUCCUGAGCAAACUGUCAGAAGUAUUACAGACCAAACCUUGCAGUAACAGCUCAUGGACACAAGAAAUAAGUCCAUUCAAGGCCAUCGCAAAUGAACUCUCAGCGACAGCGAAAGGAGCUAUACUCACAGGAAAUCGACUGGUCAUCCCUGAAUCCCUGCAGAAAAAAGUAAUUCAACUAGCCCAUCGAGGACACAUGGGGAUUCGCAAAACAAAGCAGCUUCUCCGUGAGAAGGUGUGGUUUAAAGGAAUCGAUGGAGCAGUAGAAAAUGCUGUGAAGACCUGCAUACCCUGCCAAGCCGUCGUGCAAGAAAACAUACGUACACCUAUAAUAAUGACUAAACUGCCUGAAGGACCGUGGCAAAAUCUUGCGUUAGAUUUUGCAGGACCAUUUCCCGAUGGACAGUACCUGUUAGUGCUCGUCGAUGAAUACUCAAGAUUUCCUGUAAUACGGACUCUAAAGUCUUUGGACACUGACAGAGUAACCAAAGCUCUACGAGACAUUUUUACCCUUUUCGGUAUGCCUGUCAAGGUGAAAACAGAUAACGGACCCCCCUUCUCAGGAUACAAAUUCAAAUACUUCAUGGCAGACUUGGGGAUCCACCACCACUUAAUUACUCCCUUGUGGCCGGAGGCAAAUGGGGAAGUGGAGAGACUCAUGCGUACCAUAAACAAGACUGCCCGAGCAGCCAACACUGACGGAAGAGAUUGGAAAAUCGAACUCGAGCACUUCCUACUUAACUACCGUGCGACUCCGCACUCAACGACGGGAAAGUCACCCGGUGAACUACACUUUGGAAGGAGGAUGCGCACCUGCAUUCCAGAAGUCAGAACACCAGUUUUCGAUGCUGAAGUAAGACGGAAGGACGAAGAAAUGAAACAAAAGUGCAAGACAGAUGCAGAAAAGAGGAAAACAAUUAGACCACUUGAAUUACAAGAAGGGGACAAAGUGCUAGUCAAAGAAAAGAAGAAGAACAAACUAUCGCCUGCUUACAACCCAAACCCGUACACUGUGGAAAAGGUCGAAGGGACCAAAAUAACCGUCCGCAGAAAUGAUCACAAAAUAGUGAGGAAUGCUUCAUACCUCAAGAAACUGAAAGUGAGCAUGCCAAAAGAUAAGGAGAGAUUGACAUCGACGUAUGAAGCAACAUCCAUGAAUGGAAAGCUUGAGCCGUCAACAAAACAAGUGGGUUUCAGUAUACCCAUACUACCAACAGACCAGGAACCCAUAGAGGAGGAAACGAGAGGCUGUUGUAGUUCUGACUGUUUCCAUUCGUAG